AUGGGCAUAGCUGCCGAGAUAGUCCCAGGUCGAGCAGCGCGCCAAUUACGCGCGAUCGGCAACUACUGGAGGAUAUGUCAAUACCUUGCCAGAGCGUCAAGAACGCACCAAAGAGCGUUCGAAACGCUGGAGUUGCAUACAGUUCGUUUCGGAUCCAAGAAAGACAUCGUUCACGCGGAGGUUCAACUGCUACUAUUUCAUGAGACGAGCAAGGACAUCGUCAGGCCUGAAAUCAUGCCCGCCAGCAAAAAGACAUGCUUCCUGUGUCACACCUUCUUCGAAAGCUUUGGUCAGUACGCUCUCGUGGAGACUCAUGGCCAAGUACCUCAGAGGUGGUCCCUGCCGGAUGAUGAGAGGCUUGACGCUCGACUUCGAGUGAAGCUGAACCAAGCGCUGAAGAGGACGUCGAGUGUCGUUCAAGGCCCGCUCAAGAAGGGCAAGAAGAAGAAAAUUCAGUCGAAUCCAAUGGGUGGACCCCUGAAUCCUGCCCAGAGCGUUGUCAGUUCGAUUUUGGACGAGCUACGAACUCCCUCCAUCUCCACGAUCCGGCCUGAAGCUAGUGUGAUCGAGAUCAUCUCAAUGGCCCGAGGAAAAGAUGUCGCCGCGGAGAUAUGUGCUCCACCUUCGAUUGACUCGGAAUUCAGGUCUCAUAAAUCGUUCGAGAAGACGGUGUCAAGAGAGGCGCGGACGGCCGAAGUCCUAGACUGCGUGGAGGAGUCAGCCUAUUGCACUACUCCGCGGAGUUUGCUGGAGUGUGUUGGAGCAGAGAAGGCAUCGGCUCAGAAAAUCAAAGCGCGACGCGACAGCGUAGCACCCUUCAAUACUUCUUCGCAACAACUUGUACAUGGCGAACGUGCAAUAUCUCAGCUAGACCUGGAUUGGCUUUCCUUGUACGUCACCGAAGCGUCCCUCCAAGCAAACGAGCCUACGACACGGCUUUGCAAUGCUAUCUGCCGACCUGUUCCCGUCAGCGCCCGGCCAGACAUAAUAAUAACUGUAGAUGUCACCGGAUUGACCUCGCAGGAUGGGCUUACGAUCGAGAAACCAACGGGGGCCGAGUACUUUGAUAUACGUAUGCGUCUCGAGGGUCACGAGGAUGUCUAUGUACGACUCGAAUGGACCGAAUGA